AUAAGUGCAACACAGCUGGACACAAUACAAAAUGUGAUUUGUCAAUACAGGGCAACAUGAACUGGAUCUUUCUUGGCAUUUUGUUAACUGUGGGUGGUGGCACAGCCCAGUCUAUUUCCUGUCGGAAUGAGCAUGGACAAGCCGUUGACUGGUACAUUUUAUACAAGCAACCCCAAAUCAUUAGCGGAAAUGGAAUGAAAUAUCUCUACACGGAUGAGACUACCAAUGGCUGGGUCCCAGGAAAGUACAUCAUUGGUGAUAAACAAAGUGCCGUGGCUCAAACACUAAAGCCUUUAUUUGAUAACAAUGACACAGUUUUGUUUUGUUUUGCCUUCUGUGGUUCUGAACAGACUGACACUUUUGGAUACAUACUGUACAAUGAUCAACCACCAGUGCCUUACAGAACAGCCUCCUCUUCUUAUGGACACAGCAAAGGUGUUGUUCUGCUGGACAAACAUACUGGCAUUUGGUUGUCACACAGUUUCCCGAAUUUCCCCGGAGUUGACAUAGAAUCUUUCUGGCCCAACAGAGGCACACUCAAUGGACAAACCUUUAUCUGUGGAACAUACAACUACUCUGCUUUCAGAGACAUUGCAAUCCAGCUCGAGUACAUUCACGUAUAUUCAUUUAACUCCCACAUCCCCAACUCCUUUUUCAAUGACCUCAAGUUUGUGGCCAGUAAAGGGGACCAUUCCAAAAAAGCACCAUUUCAUCGACAGCUCAACAUGACAACACGGUCAGGACACAAGUUUGUCAGCUAUGCCAAAUGCGGCAGACUCCAAGAUGGUAUGUAUGAUUCAUUAGCACUACUUUUUAAGAUGACUUUGAUUAUGUAUUGUGAUUACAAAAGACAUUUCUUCUGGCAGAUCUGUUCUCUGCUUGUGCUUGAUGAACACAUGGGAGGUGACUUCUACGUGAAGAGCUGGGGUAAACUUCGUGAACUGCUGGAAUCCAACUGUGUUGUCCUUAACAAAGUGUACAACGUGAAGGAAGUGAAGCUUCCUACCACCAUGCCCUUCAACGUCAACUCGGACCACUCCAAGUGGAGCGUGACAGUGAACUCCUCCAGGCCGUGGACCUGCAUCGCCGACAUGAACAGAGAAGUUAGUCAGGAGAGCAGAGGCGGGGGGGCAGUGUGCACAGACAACCCUGCUGUGUGGAGCGCCUUCUCCAGGAUUGUGAUCACACACGAGCCAUGCCCUAACGUAACUGUAAAUGAAAUGUAAAUCAGGUUUCUAGGCCAAGUACUUGCGUA